AUGGAUUAUCCAGAGCGUGUUGAAUACGUUGCUAAGCAACUUGGCAUCACAGCCGAAGAAGUUCGUGAGAAGCUUGCUCAUGCCCCAGAAGACCCAACAUUCUGCCCAGACCCAGCCAAUCUUCCAAAGCACAUCGAUUUCACAGUUCUUACAGCAUUCUCAACAACACAGGACAUCAUCAACCUCUGUGAGAAGGCCAAGAAGUUCCAAACAAUCGCUGUUUGCGUUAAUCCAAACCGUGUUCACAUCUGCAAAGAGCAGCUUGCUGGCACAAAUAUUCGCAUUGCUUCCGUUGUUGGCUUCCCACUCGGUGCUACAACAUCAGCUGCCAAGGCUUUCGAAGCUAAGGAAGCUGCUGCUGCCGGCGCAAUCGAAAUCGACAUGGUUAUUGAUAUCGGUGCUCUCAUUGAAGGCGACUACAAGAAAGUCUGUCAGGAUAUUGCAGAAAUCGUCGCUGCAGUUCCACAGUGCUACGUCAAGUGCAUCAUCGAAACAUGCUACCUCAACGAGGAACAGAUCAUCGAUGCUUCCAUCCUUACAGUCCUUGGCGGCGCUCACAACGUCAAGACAUCUACAGGAUUCGGCACAGCUGGCGCUAAACCAGAACACGUCGCAAUCAUGAGAAAAGUUGUCGGUCCAAAGUUCGGCGUUAAGGCUGCUGGUGGAAUCCGCACAAAGGAGGCUGCUCAUGCUGUCAUUGCUGCUGGUGCAUCUCGUAUCGGCGCUUCAAGCCCAGCUCUCUUCGAGUAA